AUGGCGCGUGGUCAACUAAUCUGUCUAGCUGCCUCGUUCCUUGCGAUUACCACAUCCUCAGUAACUGCACAGAGCGGAUCCCCUGCCAAUGGACCUCCAAGCAGCGUUCUCCAGGCCUGUGCCGCCUCCAUGGACGGCCAGCUCCCGACCCCGACUCCACCAGGCUUUAGUUGGAACGGCGUGGUGCGGCGAUACUAUGUAGCAGCCGAAGAGGUCAAUUGGGAUUAUGCUCCCACGGGCUGGGAUAAUUGGCUGGGAGUCCCGCUUGAGAAAUCGCCACGCGUGACGAUGUCUGGUGCCCUACAGUAUGGUACCAAGUGGGAGAAGGCGCUAUACCGCGGCUAUACGGAUAGCUCGUUCACGAAUCACUCACAAGAGCCUCUAUGGCAAGAUACUAAGUACGCCGAGGGAGCCGACUACCCGAAUAACACAGCACCUGGUCAAAACGUAGUCGAACCUUUGGCUGAAGCUGUACACCCGGCGGAUGCGGGCGUACCGCCAAACGACUGCGUGGUGUACAAAUGGAUGGUGCCUUCACUUGCAGGCCCAAACUUCGGCGAGCCGGCCAAGGUGCACUCAUAUCACUCCUACGUUGCAAUGCAACAGGACACAAAUGCCGGUCUGAUUGGCCCUCAGAUUGUCUAUGCACCUGGCAUGAUGAACUCGACAAUGACGAAGUAUCGCGAGAUCCCGCUUCUCUACAUGAUCUAUGAUGAGGGCGACUCCUGGCUCUCCUCGGUCAACGCCGCGAAACUGCAGAGUCAGGGCCAGACUAGUUCUACUCGGAGUACUGGUACCGGUGCCCCUCCAUCCAUCGGGUCAUACAUCUCCCACGGUCAAUCUCAAUCGCAAGGCGGUCAACCCAGUAGCGGCCAAGGUCAAGGCCAGGGUGGAGGUCCUAGCUUCGGUACAAUAGACACCAAUAAUCUGUGGUCGGGGAACCAGACAGUAUGGCAACCUCAAGUGACCAACCUUGCUGGCUCCGGACAAUUUCAGGGGGCAUCAUCCUUCUACACAAUGAAUGGCUAUAUCUUCGCCAACAAUCCGACCUUCGACAUGUGCCUCAACGACAACGUCAUCUGGUAUGUGAACGCGUAUGGGUCAGCAUCGCACGUUUUCCACAUGCACGGUAACGGCGUCAUGUACAACGGUGGCGGAUAUCCCGCGGUCAGCAUCAAUGACGGUGUUGGGAAGACGUUGUACAUGAAUGCUACCGGUCAAGGGAAGUGGCAGGUUAUAUGUCAUGUGAAUAAUCACCAUAGCAUGGGAAUGGUCAGCAAUUACCAAGUCUGGCCUGCCGGUCAAUGCCCGCUACCAUCGCUUGUGUAG